UCAAUUCUUUCAAACAGUUAGGAAUGGGGAGUGCGGUGGAGACUCUAUGUGGGCAGGCAUAUGGAGCCCAAAAGUACGAAAUGCUAGGCGUAUAUUUGCAAAGAUCAACCGUUCUCCUCACUUUAGUGGGUGUCCUCCUCAGCAUCAUAUACAUCUUCUCCAAGCCCAUCCUGAUAUUUCUCGGCCAGUCGCCGGAAAUUGCUUCUGCCGCCGCAGUUUUCGUCUACGGCCUAAUCCCGCACUUCCCAUACGCAGUAAACUUCCCCAUCCAAAAAUUUCUCCAGGCUCAAAGCAUAGUGACGCCAAGCGCAUAUAUAUCAGCAGCCACGCUAGUCAUACACCUUUUGCUAACCUGGGUGGCAGUUUAUAAGAUCCGGCUUGGCUUGUUGGGCGCAUCGUUGGUGCUGAGCUUUUCAUGGUGGAUUAUAGUGGCGGCACAGUUUGUGUAUAUAGUGAAAAGUGAGAGGUGUAAGAACACGUGGAGAGGGUUCUCUAUCCAAGCUUUCUCGGGCUUGGGAGGGUUCUUCAGGUUGUCUGUGGCAUCUGCUGUGAUGCUUUGCCUGGAGACGUGGUACUUUCAGAUUCUUGUUCUGCUGGCUGGUUUGCUACAGAACCCUGAGCUGGCUCUGGAUUCUCUAUCCAUUUGCACAACAAUAUCUGGAUGGAUUUUCAUGAUCUCGGUUGGAUUCAACGCAGCUGCAAGUGUGAGAGUGAGCAAUGAGCUUGGAGCAAGAAAUCCAAAGUCGGCAGCAUUUUCUGUGGUGGUGGUGACAGUGAUCUCUUUCAUUAUCUCUGUCAUCGCAGCGUUAAUUGUGCUUGCUUCGCGCGAUGUCAUAAGCUAUGCCUUUACUGAAGGUGAAGUUGUGGCCACUGUCUCAGAUCUCUGCCCACUUCUAGCCCUCACCCUCGUCCUCAAUGGAGUUCAACCUGUCUUAUCAGGUGUAGCUGUUGGGUGUGGAUGGCAAGCUUUUGUUGCGUACGUAAAUAUUGCAUGUUAUUACGGGGUUGGAGUACCCUUGGGUUCACUUUUCGGGUUUUACUUCAAACUUGGUGCUAAGGGGAUAUGGCUGGGAAUGAUUGGUGGCACGGUGGCGCAAACUCUCAUUUUGAUGUGGAUAACGUUUCGGACGGACUGGAAUAAAGAGGUGGAAGAAGCUACCAAAAGGUUGAACAAGUGGGGAGGACAAGAAGGAACCACUUUGAAGAACUGAAACAAGUUUUGGAGUUAACCUGAUCGAUCUUGAUCAUUUGUGCAGCCUGAUGAAC